AUGAGCGCUCCGCGCCCCGUCCAGCUGCUGCUGCUGCUCUGUGCUGUGCUGGGCACCCAGUCUGCUCACGGCUUGGGUGGCCAGGAGUCCCCGAGCCCCAGGGACAGGCGCUCCCGCUCCGUGACUGCACCGCCGCAACCCCGUGACUGUGUCCUCUCUGCCUGGUCCUCCUGGAGCAAGUGUGACCCCUGCCAGAAGAAGAGGUACAGAUUUGCCCGCCUGGAACAGCCCUCUCAGUUCAGUGGAGACCCCUGUGAUUACCCUGACAGAGAAGCUGAGGAGUGUGUCACGAGCAGCCCUUGCAGGAGCAGAGUUCGGUGUGAUGGGUUUGUGUGUGCAGUUACAGGGAGAUGCAUUGCACGGAGGCUGCUCUGCAAUGGGGAUGAUGACUGUGGGGACCAGUCAGAUGAGAAAAACUGCAAAAAAGUGUUCAGGAAAUGUGACCAGAAGAUGGAAGAGUACUGGGGAAUAGAGAAUCUGGCUAAAGGGUUGAACAUCUUCACAAACAGCUUGGAAGGGCUGGUCCUUGAUCACAGGUACUACGCUGGGGGAUGUUCUCCCCAUUACAUCACGGACACGAGGUUCAGGAAGCCGUACAACGUGGAAAGCUACACACCAGAGACCAAAGGCAAAUAUGAAUUUACAAUGACUGAAUAUGACUCCUACUCAAAUUAUGAAAGCAGCGUCCUGAAGGCAAAAGCUUCACAGACAAGCUUCAGCAUCGGUAUAAAAAUACCAAAAGUGUUUGAACUUGGUUACAGUUCAAAUGACAUGAGGUUCAAGAAGUUCAUGCGGAGGAUGAAAAGAUUUUCAUCAAGUUCCAGCAAGUUCAUCCACGCCCGCUCCGAGCUGGCUGUCGGUGUUUACAGGAUGAAGCCCCGAGCCCUGAUGCUGCAUCACCAGUUCCUGCAGCGCCUCCGGCAGCUCCCCACCGAGUACAGCUACGGGGAAUACCGGGAGCUCUUCAGGGAUUUUGGGACACACUUCAUCAAGGAGGCCACUGUGGGAGGCAUCUACGAAUACACUUUGGUCAUGAACAGCGACGAGCUCCGCGAGGCGGGUUUUACUCUGAGCAAUGUCCAGAAAUGUGCGCAGAAGGGCUUUAACAUCGGUGUGAAUUUUGGUAAAUUCUCUGUGGGGCUUGGAGUAGAUUCAGCUGGCUGUAAAGCCCUUUUGAAAGAGAUUGGAGACAGCACUGCCAGGAAGAAGUUUGUGGAGGAUUUUGUGGCGCUGGUCCGUGGUGGAGCGAGUGAAGACAUCGCCACGCUGGCCCACAAGGACCUGCCCACGGCCCAGCUCCUGCAGCAGUGGGGAGAUGCUGUGCAGUACAACCCUGAGAUCAUAAAGCUGAAGGCAGAGCCACUGUAUGAGCUGGUGACUCCCUCUGACGUGGCUGAUUCCAUGAAAAUUAAGGAGAACCUGCGCCGGGCUCUGGAUGAGUUCCAGCUGGAGACCAGCUCCUGUCACUGUGCUCCAUGCCAUGGGAAUGGCAUCCCCUUCCUGACAGGAACAGAGUGUGAGUGCUUGUGUCCCCUCGGCUCCAGCGGCACUGCCUGUGAGAUCAGCAGGAGCAAAGAUGCUGCUGUUAAUGGGAACUGGGGGUGCUGGGCCAGCUGGUCCCCGUGUUCAGGAGGUCAGAGGACAAGAAGGCGACAGUGCAACAACCCUGCCCCACGGGAUGGUGGCUCCUCCUGCUCGGGGCCAGACUCUGAGACAGCUCCUUGCUAG